AUGUGGGUUCAUCAAUCUGUCGAGGUGCUUGACCCAGAGAGUCAGACCCAUGAUACGGGUUGUGUGGCUAAUGCUGGUGGUGACGUCAUGUUUACACCGUCUUACAACACGUCAGCAGACGCGAGUGACGCCACGUUGAGCCAGACUUACAACACGUCAGACAGACAAAUCCCAGACUUGUUGGGUGUGCCGGGCCCCAACCGUCAGGCUGCAGACACGGACCGGGGUUCGAUCCCACCCCAAGCCGUCACCGCCAGGUACAAUGGCAGCGUCGCCAUCUUGAGUCACCUUGACCUUGGCUCUGCUAGCCUGUCGUCUGCGGACAACAUCAGCAGCAGCGUCUGGUUCAAUCGGAGCUGUGAGGAGCACACGAAACCGAACGAUUCCAUUAAAAUCAUCGUUGAGCCAAUCUUCCUGUGUAUCGGCAUCCUGGGCAUCCUGCUGACCCUGUCCGUGCUGACCCGGAAGUUCAUGAGCAACUCGUGCAACUGUUACCUGACGGCGCUGGCUGUAGGGGACCUGAUGAUGUUGCUGGUCAUGUGCAGCAAGAACCUCAUGGAGCAGUACGCCGACUGUCGGAUAGCCAGCUCAGCUCACAUGGCGCUCUUUACGUCCUACUCGACUAUAGCCAUGGAGACCUUCCAGUACCUAACUGUUGGUGUGACCGUCAUGUUGGCCGUAGAGCGGUACUUGGCCAUCUGCCACCCGAUGCGGGCCAUGGGCAUGUGCACCAUCAAACGGGCCCGCAUCAUCAUCGCCAUCUUGUUCCUCAUCACCUUCACCGUGCUCUCCCCCAAGUUCCUUGACCUUCAGCUGACCAACGCCAAGGAACCAAUCACAGGCGAGACGCUGCUGACCAUCACGCAUGCGUACUACUACAACAACGCCCUCUACACCUAUAUUGUCACAGUGAGCCUCCUCACGGUGCUGCCCCUCCUUACCCUGCUCAUCCUUAACGGCCGCAUCAUCUACGAGAUCCGUCGCUCGUCUCGCUACCUACAGAACUACCUGGGCGUGGACUGCCAGGUGCGAUCUGUCGUCUCUAAUGAGGAGCUUAAGAUAACGAUGAUGCUAAUUAGUGUGGUCGUUGCCUUCUUCGUCUGUCACGUGCCUCAGAUGCUCUACAACGCCGUGACUGCAGUGACCGAGUUCGACUCCGAGUUCACCAGUUACGACGAGUGGACGUACAUCAAGCACGCCUGCCACUCUCUGCUGGCACUCAAGUCCACCUGCAACUUCGUGCUCUACUGCUGGUUCUCCGACAAGUUCUGGGUCACCUUCAAGCGGAACUGGUGCCGCUCCCGCUGCCGGACGGAGCACUCCAACUUCUGGCACCACCGCUCCAACAACAACGGCCACCACGGGCGCUGCUACAGCCACACCCACCCCUACCGGUCAUCGUUCUACGUCAGCAAGGAGACCACAUGCUAG